AUGGACAGCUCUGAAUGGAAUGCCCUGAAGGGCGAAAUCGAACGCCUUUAUAUUAAGGAGAACAAGAAACUGUCCCAGGUGAUGCAGAUCCUUGAAAUCACCAGAGGUUUUCGCAAGACGGCCACCAAGGCUGCCAUGGUAUAUAUUCCAACAAGCAUUUUUGACCAAGAGAAGGAAAGGGCUUAUGUCGUAUCCACGCCCUCGGAGUCUCUCAGCACUCCUAAGGCGAUAGCAAUGAUGCGUUUAUUGAUGCCGGGGUUAGCCGAUGAUCGAUAUUCUCUCACUAUGGAUCAGAUCAUUCCGAGCGGCAACGAACCCCACACGCAGAAAUAUCAGGUCUUCUUGUAUGUACUCUCUAACAAGUUCAUACAGCUCGGAAGCCUACGACGGCAAGGCUCGGACCACAUGGUCCUGGGGUUGCUCCAAGAGGCUGGGAUUGAUACGAUCCAGAAAAUACAUGGAUUGUUCUCACUCAAUGGCAUAGCGGCUGAAGCGAUGUCCGAGGGGCUUUUCGGAGCGACUUUCCGGUUCCAUGAUUUCACUGCCAUGAGAUUAUUGCUAGAUGCAGGUGUACGUCCUGAUACCUACGUCGAGGGUGGCUUAAAGGCGUUGGAGCUUGCUGCUGCCAUUCACGACAAUGUACUUUCUUUUGAAGUUACGCGCCUCCUGCUAUCGUACGAACCAGGCCUUAAGCGGCAAGGUCUGCUUAAUUCAGCUCUGGUAAUAGCUGGACGAGGUCGCAAACUGGAAGUAUGCAAGCUUCUUCUCUCCGCUGGAGCACGGACAACACCCAAGGCAAUCCGGGCGUCGAUAAUUUCAUAUGGUCCUCUGCCUGACCCGGAAAUAUUGCGAAUCUUCCUCGAUGCAUGCGGGGACACUGAAGAACGGUUCCACUCGGAACAUGGCAAAGUCUCUCUUCUUGGGCUCGCAGUUGCAUCGGGAAAUGUACCAAUAGUUGAGUUCCUCCUACAGCAAAACGUGGAUGCAAAUGUUCUGCAGGAAAUAUCCUUUGAGGGCCAUGCCUGUUGCACCACUAUCAUUGGGCUAGCAGCUCGGAGGGGCCUCUCUAGAAUGUUGCAGAUUUUAUUCGCUCAUGUAGAUCUCAACCCUACAAUUACGGAGACUACAUUCAUCUCGCCAAUUGUGCUAGCCGUUUCUGGCGGUCACAAAAGCGUCGUGGAAGAACUUGUACGAGCGGGAACUCGGUUCAAACCCACUGACAUUGUUAUCGGGCGAUCGCUCAUUCAAAGGGCAAUGGAAACAGGAGAUUGCGAGCUUUACUGGGCCCUUCUGCAUGCCUCGUAUAAAACUGAGAUUGAGCUGCUCCCCGAUUUCUACACCUUCAAGUUAAUCCACAGCCUAAGCGAGCGGGACUUCAACGGUGCGCAGACACUGUUGGGCCUGGGGGCCAGGGUCAACGACUUGCACACAAAAAUUCCCAACACGGCUCUCGGGGCAUCAAUCGAGGCUGGCUGUGUGGGCUCAAUUAAUUUGCUACUCAAGUCAGGAGCAGUAGCCAGAGGAUACGACCUUCUGACAUCGAUUGGCAAUAUGGAGACCGCUGUCCACCUGGCAAGCACGGGCAUUUUACACCGUGUUCUUUUUAGCUCUGGGCAGAUCCUUUUAACAACAGCAAUUCUCACACGGGAUACUGACACUGUGCAAUACCUCUUAUGUCAUAAUGUUGACAGACAACGCGAGGAAACCGUGCAUUGGCAACAGAAGCUAUUUUCUGGCACCCUUUCACGGGUAUCUUCAAUCCAGCGAAAGCGUUAUAACGGUCUAGUCAGAUUCAUAUCACCAGUGGAAGCAGCCAUUAACUGCGGAGACUAUCCACUCGUUAGGCUACUUAUUGCACGAGGAGCUACCGUUACUGAGUCAAUACUGAAUGCUGCUGUGUGGGACGCUCUCCAGAGCCAGAGCGACACCUUACUUCGUGAAAUUCUGUUGCAAGUCCAAGGAAAACUGACGGCGCCAACUGCAGUCGCCAUGGGCGCAUACUUCAACGACGUUCCUCUCAUUGAGCUUUUGCUCGCCGCAGGUAUCAAGCCUGCAGGCGAGCCAAAGGUUCUACAUCACGCCGUGCAUGGUGAUAUCUGCCAGGAUCAAGGUUCCAGACAAGAUUCAUCUAAUGAUUCGGGUGAGCGGCGCCUUCUACACAAACCAGGAUGGUGGCAUGACUCGCUACCUCUAAGAGGUCAAAGUGUGCUUCUUAUUCCGGCCGCCAAGGGAGAUCGCACUCUUCUACGCCUCCUUCUGAAAUCAGCUUCAUGGACCAGUUCUGAUGUUGGGCGUGCACUUACAAUCAGCUUAUACUCCGGGAACACGGGAUUAGCCCAGGAUCUGAUACAGAUAAACGCCGAUGUGAAUCAGUUACUAACAGUUCAGGAAACAACAUUGACUCCGCUUUGUUGCGCAAUACAAGCCAAAGAUAGCCAUUUAGUCCACACUCUGAUCUGCCACGGCGCAAAUGUCAACCCUCCCGGGACAACCUCAACGCCUCUACAACGGGCCGUGGAAAACAAUGAUCCCGAGACCGUCAAGAUGGUCAUAGACGCGGGAGCAGAUAUAAAUGCAGCACCAUCAGUCUCGCCCGCAGCAAAUGCGCUCCAGAUCGCCGUGAAGGCAGGGAACGUGGAACUAAUCGACAUUCUUCUCGCAGCCGGCGCGGACAUCGACGCCAACCAUGGGGCGACCGCUUUGCAAUUUGCCGCGAUUAUGGGAUAUAUCAGCAUUGUGUAUAGGCUCGUUGCAGCCGGUGCCAAUGUCAAUGCCCCUAGGGCUAUGCUUUACGGCCGAACGGCGCUGGAAGGUGCAGCCGAGUACGGACGUCUCGAUAUGCUCCAAGUUCUGCUGAAUGAAGGCGCGCAUUUUACCGGACAGUUCAGAUCUCAGUACGUGCGCGCCGUGAAGCUAGCUGAGUAUAAUGGCCAUUUCGCUGCCGCAAAACUUCUCAGGCUGACUGGGGGAUGGUCGGACCCCGACUCGGCACAAUAUGAAAAUGAAGUCUUUGAUAGGCAGGAGGUGGAACGGUUCAAACAGAUGAACUGUCGCCAAAUGGAAGGCUCUGGUCCUUCUACCAUUGGGUCUAAACGGUCUUUUGUUAAGGAACCACAAAUUAAAGGCCGUUCAGAGGGGGACGCGCUGACUCGGCGUUUGAGCACACACAUGGGUGGACAGACUCAGAAGUGGUGGGAUUGUAUAGACCAACUGAUCGACGCAAACACCUAA